AUGACAUCGCCCCGAGGACCUUGGCGUCGUGGAGGGAGAGAGCCCGUCGGCGGGCGAUCGAAGCGUGGCGCGACCACCUCGUGCAAAACCUGCCGACAGUGGGCACCCGUCCUGGAGGCCGUCCUCCCCCACCUGGAGGAGUGGGUGGACCGUCCUUGGGGCGGUCUCACUUACAGGCUGACACAGGUGCUCACCGGACAUGGAUGUUUCGGUGAAUACCUGUGUCGUAUCGAGAAAGAGCCGACGGCGCAAUGCCACCAUUGCCCAGCAGAAGUGGACUCCGCGCAGCACACCCUCGAACACUGCCCAGCGUGGGAGGGGCUGCGCGGAGUCUUAAAAGACGAGAUCGGAGAGGAUCUCUCCCUGGGGGCCGUCAUAGGCAAGAUGGUCUUCAGGGAGAGUAGUUGGAAGGCGGUCGCCUUCUUCUGCGAACAGGUUAUGUUGCAGAAGGAGGCGGCAGAGAGAGAGAGGGAGAGAUAG